ACUGAUACAAAACGUAUUUCAAAAAUGCUCAUCCUCCAUUUAAAUUGUUUUUUGUUUCCUUUUCUUUGCUGUAAUUGGAGGAUAACAUCGCGGCCUUCUAUUUCUAAAGAAAAUUUGAACAAUAAUCUGUGGAGAUAAAUUUCGUCUCACCAGAAGAUUUUAUCAAAACUGAGUUUAUAAACAAGUAAAAUGAACAAUAUGGAAAACGGGAAGGAGCCUGGUAGUCGCUUAAGUCAGUUGAGUGGUUACAAUUCGCGAAGAUCGUGCGUUGGAGAGGUUCAUAAGCCUUACGAAAAAAUGCUGUUGGAAGAGCUUCCUGGUGGCAAGCGAUUGAAUGUCGCGGUACAUGCUGUUCUUGAAAGCGCGUUAGAAGAUAUUUCUGGGUUAAAAGAAGGACAGAAAAUUCGAGACCAUGCUCUCCUAAACUAUUUUGCGUCUUUGGCCAACUCAAAUAGUAACGAGGACGAAUUUGACUUUAAUUUUGUGCAAUCGUUGAUAGCCAAUGGUGCGAAUGUAGAUUGUACAGAUAAAAAUGGCCAAACUGUGUUUCAUGAAGUAGCUCGCUCAUGGAAUCUAGAUGUGGCUAUGUUCUUGCUUGAUCGCGGUGCUGACAUCAAUAAGCAAGACAAAUUUGGUCGCUCUCCAUUGCACGUUGCCGCUGCGGUCGAUUAUGAUAGGAUGGUUGAAUUUCUUAUUAAGAAUGGAGCCAACAUUAAUAUAAUAACACAUGGUGAAGGGCAAAUGCCCAUACAUUUUGCUGCCAAAAAUGAUGCAUGCAAAUCUAUCAAAAUGCUGCUAGGAUACGGAGCAAACAUUGACUCUCGCGAUAAGAAAAAUAGAACGCCUCUGCAGGUUGCAGCAGAAAUGAAUCGUGCUAAAUCGUCAAAACUUCUUGUUCAACGUGGUGCUCCAGCUUGUGUCCAUGACAACAAAGGCCUUUCCGCAUUAUCGUUCUUAAUUGAAAAGCUUCCAGACGUGGCAAUCGUAGCACUGAAUCAAUUUUAUUCCACAUGUAUCAUCAACAGAAAGGAGUUCUUUUUUUUGAAUUAUCUUGAAGGAAACGUUUUGGAAGAUCCUAAAUCACCUGCGUUCUCUCCCCUCGAGAUCGCAGUGCAUAAUCAAGAGUUUGAUGUCAUCCUUCAUCCUGUUAUGAAAAGACUUGUUGAUGUCAAAUGGCAACAAUUUGGUCGUCAUGAAGCUAUAUGCAACUUUGUAAUAAAUAUACUCUACGCAGUCUUAUGGACAAUCCUAGCCGUUACAUCACCAGCAGAUGCAAAUGCUUUGUACCUUCCUUGGUUGAAAAAUUCUUGGAGAAUUGCUUUAUCGAUGAUUGUAUGUUUAAUGACACUUGAUGAAAUACGUCGACAAGUUACAGGAACUGUAAGAUACAGAAACCGUCAAAGGAAAUGGAUAUCGUGGAGAAUAUCUGAGAUUAAUGAUGAUUUGAAACACUGUCAUCCACGAUGGCCUCAAGAGGAGUCUUAUUUAAAAUCAGAAAUCAAGACUAUCCGUCAGAGACCACUCAUAUCAUCAAGUGACUCGUGGAUGUAUUUUGAUUGGUUCUCCUUGAUCCUUAUUCUUGCUGCGAUUGUUAGUCAUUUGGUAUUUUUCAACAUCAACAGUGAUCUGUCCCAGAUAAUAUAUGCUCGAAUAAUCACGGUACUUCUGCUUGUGUUGUGGUUGAGAAUCAUGCAAUACGCCAGACCUUUUGAGAAAGCAGGCAUAUUUGUUGCGAUAUUUUCACAUAUUUCAAAGGAUAUUUUAAAUUGGGCCAUUUUGACUGUAGUGAUUACAAUCCCGUACGCGUGUGCUUUCUGGAUAACAUUUGGUGAACUUUCACCGAGACCAGUACGAAGUUAUAGUGACGUUUCUUCUUUGAUUUUUGAACUAUUUCAAAUGAUUAUUGUUGGUGACUUUGAUUUUCAAGCUCUACUGGAAACUGAUGCAGUUAUGGCCCGAAUACUUUGUGGCAGUUACAUAGCUAUAAUGGCAAUAAUUAACUUAAAUAUAUUGAUUGCUUUAUUAUCGGACACUUUUACAAGAGUUUAUGGGAACGCUGUAGCCAACGCCCUUAUGCAACGUGCUAAAACGAUUCUCUAUUUGGAGAAGUCAUUAUCAGAAAAGAGGAAAAAAUCAUAUCAUGAUUUUAUCCUGAACUUUGGUAGCCCAGAAACACUUGAUUUUCGGCGAGAUGUUUUGGGCAGUAAUGAUCGUGACGAGCAAAAAGCGUCAGACAUGCUAAUGGAGAGUGUAAGUGAGAUUCACGAGUUGAUCCAUGACAGGUUUGCUACAAAGUAUGGUGAGGGCAAGAGAUCUGAUCUUGAUCACAUCAAAGAGAGCAUAGCAAAGAUUCAUGAAGAAUUUCAUACAGCUAAAAUAUAUGGUGACCAUAGAAAGCUUGAGCAGAAAGUGAAUACAAUAGAAAAGAUUCUCAUUCGACUAAGUGCAGCCUUAAAAAUUGAUAUUUCUGAGUCGAACUUCGAGAAAUGGUCAUCCUUCAAUAGUAACCAUGGUGAUGAAGAUAACAUAUUGCUGAAAGAAGACCGUGAGAUAGACUGCCACAGACCUUCCACCCAUUUUGAUAAGAAAGGGAGCGAUAGUAAUGCUAAAUAUAACAAAGGGGCAUUUGAAAUACGUCCUGGACAGUUAUACUUUCCAGUUACAGAUAUGAACCAGCUCAGCGAUGAGUUUCAAUCGACUCUUGGACGAAAAUCUAUUGGUUCUAAUAAGCACAGUAGCAAUAUACGUAAUGAUUUGUAUCAGUUCAGUGAUUAUGAUGAUGACCAACCUGAAGACGUGUGUCCAACCCAUCCUACUAGUGACAACAACGGCAAUAAUAUGAUGCGCACCACAUACAAAAGUUUCACUGACCUUAACAAAAAAAGAAAAAGUUUACAAGGUAACGACAGUAGAAAAAGGUUGAGCAAAAUACGUGCACACGAAAAAAAUGCUACAUACGACCAAGGUAUGAGGUCACGAACACCAUUGCAUGCCAGAUAUGGCUCUAUGAAUGACAUAAGAUAUAAUCUCAAUUCAUCAAUUCCGUCUCCAGCGCAACAGGUCUGGCCAUAUUGCAGAAGGUCUUCAGAAGCAUCAUAUGUUUACAAACCAUAUGAUAGACGUAACUCACCACGUGAUCCGUUCUACGAAGAAUCUGGUCAAAUGCUUAAUGAUCAAACAAAUCAAACAAAUCACGAGCGUCAAUCAGUAAGAUCCUUGUUUGGAGGAAGCCUUAGCAACAAUCAAUGGAAAGAAAGUGAAGAAAUAUCCCUAUUAAAUGAAAUUACACCAUCAUAUCACUCAAGCAUGAGACUUGUAGCCUCUGAGUCUGAAAUGUCAUUGUCUCAAGAGUCGACAACAAACGACAAAACCAUUGUGGCGCAUGAAAGAUAGAAACCGCAAAGUGCAAGUGAGAGAAAGAAUAUUUUAAGGACUUUAAAAACACAAGCGCAAAAGUGUAACAUUCUCAAGUUUAUUGAAGUCGUUCACAUGAUGAAAGGCUUAACUCAAGCAGUUGGUGUAUCUAAAAAUUAAAAACAUCAUGUUUGGUAACAUUCUAUUUUACAUGAAAUUGCUGUGCAUGAUUAAAGAGCGAAAAGAAAAAUUUUAACUUUA